AUGGCCACCCUGGCCACCUCACCACCAACCUCGCCCUCGUGGCCAAAGCGGCGCCCUCGCGCCUGGGCUCUCCGCUGUGAACGGUACUGCUGCGCAGCGGCCAGCUGCUUUCCCCUCGUUUUUGUCUAUGGCCUCACAACAUGGGCGGUCUAUGUUGAGGCUAGUAUCGGGUUCAAGGAUACACGAAGUGAAUGGCUUGGUAUACCCAGCACGCUUCUCGGACUCUUUUUCUACGGCCUCCUAAAUAUUUGUUAUACUGUUGCUGUCUUCACGGACCCCGGAUCGCCCUUAUCGACCCGCCGAGGUAAUGGCGGCGGCCAGUACAGCGCCUUGCCCGUGACCGAGACCCCCGAGUUCACUUCCUACACGGUUAGCUCAACCGGUGGAUCGCGAUAUUGCAAGAAAUGCCAGUGCCCGAAGCCUGAUCGUGCGCACCACUGCUCGACCUGCAAGCGGUGUGUGUUGAAGAUGGACCACCACUGUCCUUGGCUCGCGACCUGCGUCGGACUACACAACUACAAGGCAUUCCUGUUGUUUCUAAUCUAUACCUCGAUUUUCUGCUGGAUUUGCUUUGCCACGGCAUCUAUAUGGGUGUGGACAGAGAUUCUAAACGACACCCGUUACAUGGAUACGUACCUACCCGUUAACGUGGUCCUGUUGGCGAUCCUCGGUGGCAUCAUCGGUCUGGUUCUGACCGGAUUUACAGCCUGGCAUAUUAGUUUGGCGGUGCGCGGCACAACGACGAUUGAAUGUCUCGAGAAGACACGUUAUGUGUCGCCGCUGCGCAAGGCGCUAGAGCGAGGGCAUUUCGACCAGGGACCCAACGGCCACGACAGCUAUCCAAACCAAGAGAGCUUGGCCCAUCGACUGCAAGGGUACGGAAAUCAGAUUCUCGAUGCUCAUGCGAAUGCCAUUCCAGGCGUCACUCGCGCCGAGGAAGGCGAGGAACGUCUCUCGCCCGCGCCCUAUGGCCCGGGCCAGGGCCCUUCCUUCGCGUCUGAGACGCAGAAUCUCACGCCAGCCCAGCAGGCGCUGAGCCGGUCAUAUGCAGAGAUGGAACGACAACGUGAGCACGAACGAUAUCAGGAGUACCUGAACGAUGAAGACAGUGAGAAGAUGCCCAAUGCCUUCGACCUUGGCUGGCGUCGCAACCUCCUCCACCUCUUUGGUGAGCGACCGCUCUUCUGGGCAAUUCCGAUCUGUAACACAACCGGCGACGGCUGGCGGUGGGAGCCAAGCGCGCGUUUCCUCGAGUCACGCGACCGAUUGCGCAUGAACCGUGAGCAAGCCGCUUCGGAGGAGCAGCAGUAUUACCGUGAUUUGUACCAGCGCAACAUGGACAAUAGUCAUAGCUGGACCGGCGGUGCUAGCCCGGCGCAACCUCACUGGAUCCCCAGCCGCUCGCGCCAGGAUACCCCCGAGCGUCCGCCCACCAGUGUCUCUAUGCAAACGUUGGCGCCUGCGUCGCCGCGACCCAGACCGGGUGAUAGUGACUUUGAGGACGAGGCCGAGGGCAAUGGGCUACUCGAGCCCAGCGACGCAGGCCGCCGAGCACGCAGUCGAGAGACAGACGAAUGGCGUGACUGGGACUGA